CCACUAUGUGCUCAACGUAAGUGAGUAGAAGCUCGCGCGUUCACCGUUAUAAUCAUCGCGAGUGGUGAGUGGGACAUUUUGGUGGCGAUCGCGCGGCCGUGUCCGUGUGUGUGUUUGAGUGUCUAUGGAGUGGGGAUCGACGUAAUGGAUCUGAAUGUCGCGAAGGCCUCCCGCUGACUUUCCCACUGUUGUGUUCGAGUGCUGUGGUGCUGACUGUGUCCCCCAGGGAAGAAAGCGAGUGUGUGCGCGCUCGGUUGGUUGGUGACCUCUUGCUCGGAGGGAAGAAAUUGCUUCGCGUGUCGUCGUGAUUCGCGUUGAGCGAGAAAAAAAAACAAAAACAAAGGCGCAAGUGCGCGUUUUGGGUGAAAUUUUGCGCGCAACGCACUACUCGGUGCGACAGGAAGAAUACGAAUCUAGUGUGCGGCGGUGAGUUUGGGCGAUUAUUUAGGUGAAAACAUUCGUCGCCUACUGUGUCGUUGAAGACUUCCGUUCCGUUGAAAUUAUAUCGAUAAGAAGGAGUCUUUUGUGCGAGUGAAAUUACGAGAAACCUCAUUUUGGUCGUCAGAUUUUUCGUUGUCAAAUGUGAAAGGUGAAUACAGGUGAAGGUGAAUCGAAGUUGUUUUUCGUGAGAGCGAUUGUUCAGCGCAGCCUACUUCCUAGAACAAUCACACAACUGUCCGUCCCUGUGUUGAGGGUUUUGAGGAAUUUGGCCUACUGUGACGACGACGACGACCGUGAUCAAGGCCUGCCAAGAAGCGCGCACAAGGCGGAACACAUUCUACACACGAAGUAACAGUUUCUCCGGCGAAGCAACCUUCUGGUUGAAGUGCAGCUGCUCUUCGGAAAGGAAAUCUUCGCUCGAGUCCGGGAGUAGUGAGGCAAAGGCAACUCAUCUGGUGCGCUUCACGUUUUUUGCUCGGCCGUCGUUUCAAGAGCAAGCGGUUUGUUGUGACCGGACAGCGCAGCGCCGCCGCCGCCAUUGACGUGUGUGAGCGAUCCACCAAUUUCACGGAACUGGCCCGGAUCGAAUCGAACGCGCCCGAAUCAGAUGGUGAGAAGAAGAGUGCAUGUUUGUGUUCAGCAGACCUUACCUCUGGAUGUGAAGAUUUUGACCCCAUCCAUCCGUCCGUUCGUCCAUCCGUACCGACCAUCCGGCCUUCGCCUCUCGGUGUUGUACCUACUGUGGUCUGGCAGUGCAGUGUGUGAUCCAGAAGAAAUUCGCGUGUGAAAAGUGAACCUGGAACAACAGUUGGUUUUCCCAACCGCAACAAACACAUCGCGGAUCGGACGGAUAUCGGGAAUUGAAAACUAGCGGGAGUUUUCCGCGCUCGCGCGCGCUCAAGCCCGAAGUCAAGAAAACGGCCAGUGAUUAUUACCAACUCUCCAGCGGGUAUAGAAAGCGACGGGGAAUCAACCAGAAAGUAGAAGAAAGCGAUAUGGAUAUGAGCCGCUGCUGGCGGGAACAUUCGGGUGGAUUGUUUUAGUUUUUAUUUUUUUUGGUGAGGAGAUCUAUUUUUGUUGUUCCGGAGUGGGCGUGCGUGUGGCGAACAAAGUUUGGGGCAGGAAGGCGCGCGCGCGAUGACGAUCUUCUAGUAGACGAUGGAUUCUGCUCAACGAUAACGUGUUUCCUUCGGAGCUCCUCAACACAAUGAAACACCAGCUAAAUAAGCCGAUUGAAGAUUUGGCAAAAUGAUGUAACGCGAGAUUAAUGUAAAGUCAAUCAUUCAGAACAUCUGAAUAUCCUCAACAGUUCACGUAGCAACUAUUUAACCUCACAGAGCAUACCUCACAAUAAUUCAGAAUGGGUAACUCAGGCAGUAUGCACGGUUUACCGGGGUAUGACGAGGGAUUUCACCAUCCGAGCUACCAACAUCAGUACCAGCGCUAUCAAGAGAUGAUGCGUGCCAACGGCCAUCAUGGAGCUCCUCCAGGCUGGUUGGAGUCCUAUCAACGAGACCUACGUAAUGGAGGCGGUGGUGGCCUCAUCGGAGGAGGAGGAGGAGGCCAUCGAACCUUCGAUAACCGACGUAGUCACGAAGGCUUGGGCCACCGAGAGUCCACCAGCAGUGGACCGAGUCUUCCACCGCCGAUGAAAGUUCUUCCGGAUAUCCCCGGAAGGGUGGCUAAGCUCCGUCCCACCAACAAUGGGAACAUCCUGCACUCAGGCGGAACCAUCAGCAAGAACAACAACCUUCAGCGAUCGAAGAGCAUAUCUUCGCCAACGUAUCAGCAGCAUCAACAGCAGGCCUUCGACGAGUCGGAAGAGACUGGAGUCAUGACGUUGCUUCCACCGCGACUGGCCAUGCAGCGAUCCCGAACGCAGACGAACAUGAUGACACCGGGCAGACGGGACUUCAAUGAAUCGCCUUCCAGAGGCCUGGGACCUCGCGGAUACGCUACGAACCAACGGAAGCAGAGUUACGAGCACGGGACGUUGAACAAGAAGCGCUUCGGCUCGGAACCGGAUCUUCGCAUUUCCACGAGUAGCAACGAGCUGCAGGACGAUUCCAGCGGUGGCGGAAGCGGCGGACAGGCAGGCCAUCGAAACACCAAACCGGUCCAGUCAAAGAUCAUCAAGGGUAAGAAUAAGAAAAAGGCACCGGUUCCACCUCCGUUGGAGAAGCGUGAACGUGAACCGGAAAUGAUGGAGAAGCAACGCAUUAUCGCAUACUCUCCUCUGCGCAAGACCAAUUCGGAUGCGUCGUCAACGCAGCCUUCCAGCGACAGCAACAGUAACAACCCGACCCGGAAACUCCGGCUGUUCAAAACCCGUGCCGAGACCAAGAAGAACCUGAACAUAGCCAAACUCCCGGAAGCAUCCGAUGCCAAGUACUCUGCCAAGAACGGGCAUAAGCUGCCCCUGGCACCGUCCAACAGCAGUCCCUACAAGCUGAUGAGCCGCAAAGACCCGGAGUUUGACAGCGGUACCCUGGAUAAGCCCAAGUCCCGUCUCAACCCAACGUCGUUUUUCCGUCGGGAAAAAACCUUCGACAUUGGUGUGCUCGAGCGUGAACGGGUGGUGCGUAGCGCCAAUCAUGUGCCAGAAAUCAAGCCGACCAUGUCGCCGCCGAUUUCACGACGGAAAUCCAUCGUCAAGUCUCUGCUGGAGAAGGAUCAAGCCGAGCAGGAGCAACAGCAACAACGGAAGCAGAAGCAGUUGCAACAGAGUCGUGUCUCAGCGGUUGAACCAAAGUUCAAGCCCAAGGUUCAAGAAGACAAGCGCAAGCCAUCGCAACCGGCUCCAACCACUCCGAUGACGGACUUCCAGAAGGAGCUGCAGGUUGCCACUCGACGAAAGACUACAGUCACUGGAAACAAUCCGAAUCUUGCGCAACAGAAGUCUACGCCCGCAACGGCCAAUCACCGCAAGAUAUCCGAAGUUAAGCAAACCAUCAAAGUGGAAGCACCCAAGAACAGUCUGGUCAUCUCGGUGGAACCCAGCAAGCAGCAAUCUCCGGAAAGGGAGAAGCAAUCUCUCAGUCCGGCUCCACCGCCGCCUCCACUUCCGAAAACUAGCUUCUACUUCGGAAUGGCCGAAGCUCCCAAGCAGUCUUCCAAGGAAGAGGCGCGUAUUUCGCCGGCACUCCUCGUCACAGCCAAGAUGAUGGAAACUCGCGUCGAUUCGGACGUCGACUCCUCCGAUGAGGAGCCACCCAUCAUCCGGAGCGACUUCCACAACGAACUGGACGAUGAGAUGGACAAAACCCAGCUGGACGCCAUCGAUCGGUUCGCGGCUAGCCUUAUGAACGGAACCAAGUUCGCCUCCGGGUCGGACUCGGCCGCUUCCUCGGACGUGGACAUGCGCACCAACGGCAACGAUCUGGACUCAGAAGCGCAGGAGAUUUGUCUGAAGCUUCGCCCAACGCUGCCGCGCAAAAACUUCGAAAUUCCACGCUUCAGUCCGGCGGCGGCCUGGCGACUGCUGACCACCGAGGACGACUUUGGACGGGACGCAACCGAGUUGUUCCCGUUCGUGGAGAAAAAGACGGUGCUUCGCAGUUUGGAAGCCGUUGAUGCAGCGGAAGACCGAAUUGAACGAAUCUACCGGGAACCUGUUCCGGGACUACAAGACAACAAGAGCGGCGACAGUGGGAUUUCCGGGGACGCUGGUCUCCCUGACAUCGGGGAAGCUCAGCUGUUGAACUCCAGCAAGGAACGUGACUCACCGGAGAGUUCCCCGGUGGACGACAGUGGCAACAAUGCGUGGUCCGCGAAUGCCUUGCGGCUGACGCCUUGGACGCCGCAGCAGGACUUGGAAGAUGACGAUGAUACGACCGGAAGUAGCGACAACAGGCAGCUCAUCGAGGAGACGCCGAUCAGUAACGGUCCGAAUGAUUUCUCCAGCAAGGGACACAUAUUCAGCUUAUCGCUACCACGUGAGAGUCACCUGUCCAUCUACACGGCAAACGCUAACGGAGAGAAGGUUGAAAAACAGAUGUUCAAUAGCCUGCAAAAGUUACGUAAGUCAGUUUCGGAUGCGUUCACCAGCGAUCCGGAUGUUAGUCCACUGGAGAGUGGGGACAACUGGUUCUUGUCCCGGCUGGAAUCGCCAGCGAUGACGAAUGCCUUCGAAAAACGACAGCUUAGUCCGACUGCUCCGAAGCAAACUCCUCCAGAGGUGCCCACGAACGGUGGAACCCUCAAAGAGGAAACACAGUUCGGAAUGCCGGCCAAGCACAACGCCAUUGGGUAUCUGGUCAGCGGGAAGCACAUGAUGUACCUUCCGAAGGAGGCCACCAAGGUCAUCACCACCAGCAGCAGCCCUACCAAGAAUGACCAAAACAACAACGUGCCAGAAGCUCUCACGGUGAGCAGCUCGUCUUACGCGGACAAGCGAAGGGAAACCAAGGAGAACAUGCAGGACCCGGUACCGGAGGGGGAGACCUUCCCGGUGAAGAUUUCCACCCGGAAGAACCAUCGGUUCACCUUCCAGAGUACGAUACGGCAGAUCGAGAAACGGCGCGUUGCCGAGAAGCUCUCCCGCGAGGCGGAGAUCAAGGAAGCGCUGCGACUGAGCGAGCUGGAAGCCAUGCGCCGGGUGGAGGAAGAGUUCCAGAAGAAGCGUGCCCGCGAGAAGGCUUCCAUACGGCACCAGCUGCGACUGUUCACGAUGGAGGAGACGGGCCAGGCGUACGACGUGAAUGACGACGAUGAGAACACCGACUGCAGCAAACGCGUCGAACCGGACAUCGAUAUAGCACCCAACCCGUCCAAACCGAGCGGACUGUACCGCAAGAAAGACUCCACGAUGGAGCGGCCCUCGUUCCAAAAUGGCGGCCAAGCACGCCGACUGAGCUCGUCACGUUUUCACGCUAGCGCUGCCACCCUGGAGCGCAAAUACUCCGCCGGCAGUGGCAACGGCAACUACGAUCGGGAUCUGGACGACGAUUUCAACGACCAUAGCGACGACCACCAGAACGGCGGAACCAAUGGCAACGGUCACCAUCACAACCACAACGACGUUGACGACGACGAUGACGUGGAUAGCAGCUUGGGCUACAUCGACACCCGGACGCCGUACAUCUCGCGCAUCAUCCAGGCCAAGAGCAGCAAGAGCUACUCGGCGGGUUUGAAGAAGUGAAGGAUCACCCAGGCAUCACCCCUAGCAACAACGAACCGCCAUCUAGUCAACGAAUCAAUUGGUUGGAGAGAUUUUAGAACGUACGAAAUGCGUAAACCAUGCUCAAUAUGAAACCCGGCAUACUCAAACGUGUCUGUCUGCACAAAUUAGGGACCAAUAAAGGACGCAAAAGUUCAUCUUAAAAAAAUGAACCAUUCUAAUGUAUUUAAAUUUUCCACCCCGAAAGGGCCAUAGGUCUAUAAGUGAAGCGGCGUUCCGGUUGGGCAUAAUCGAAACUUAUUUGAUUGGAACGACGUUCUUUUUAAGAGAAAAAAAAUUAAGAAAGCAAUAUCAAACAUUAGAUAAGAUUAUUCUUUUCCGAUUAACAUCAAUCUGCAUGUUAUUUAGUGUUUUAAGGACUACUAACAUCGUACCCAUAUGCAACAAAUGUUGAAUAAAAAGUUUCCAGAUUCUUUUA